AUGAGCCUGCAGAAGCACCAGCAGCUGGGCGGGGGCAGCGUGGGGGUGAUGGGCUCUGACCGGGACCUGCAGUCCGCCGCUUCCUCCAUCUCACUGCCCUCUGUCAAGAAGGCCCCAAAGAAGAGACGCCUCUCCCUGGCCUCUCUUUUCAGACGGCGAGGGCGGGAGUCCAAAUCAGGGCGCCAGAGGUCCCGAGAGCAUCAGCACCACGGACCUGGGGGGUUGGGGGGAGUGGACGGCAUCGCCAGCAUCGAGAGCAUCCACUCCGAAAUGUGCAACGACAAGAACUCUGCCUUCUUCUCUGUGGCUGGGACCGGAGCUGCCUCUGCUGCUGCUGCUUCCACCUCAUCUGCCUCAGGGCCUUCCUCCUCUACCUCCUCCUCCUCCUCGUCCAAGGUGGGGGGCGGGGUGGGGUCGGAGCUGCUGGAGUGCCCGCUGUGCCUUCUGCGCCACUCCAGGGAGAGCUUCCCCGACAUCAUGACCUGUCACCACCGCUCCUGCAUCGAUUGCCUGCGCCAGUACUUGCGCAUCGAGAUCUCGGAGUCGCGCGUCAACAUCAGCUGCCCCGAGUGCUCCGAGCGCUUCAACCCCCACGACAUCCGCAUGAUCCUGGGGGACCGGGCGCUCAUGGAGAAAUACGAGGAGUUCAUGCUGAGGAGGUGGUUGGUGGCCGACCCCGACUGCCGAUGGUGUCCUGCACCGGACUGUGGGUAUGCGGUGAUUGCCUUCGGCUGUGCCAGCUGUCCGAAGAUCACGUGUGGUCGCGAAGGCUGCGGCACAGAGUUCUGUUACCACUGUAAGCAGCUCUGGCAUCCCAAUCAGACCUGCGACGCCGCCCGGCAGCAGCGAGCCCAGAGCCUCCGCCUGAGGACCGUUCGAUCAUCGUCUCUCAGCUACAGCCAAGAGAGUGGAGCUGCAGCUGACGACAUAAAGCCAUGUCCACGGUGCGCUGCUUACAUCAUCAAGAUGAAUGAUGGGAGCUGUAACCACAUGACGUGUGCUGUCUGUGGAUGUGAGUUUUGCUGGCUCUGCAUGAAGGAGAUCUCAGACCUGCACUACCUGAGCCCGUCAGGCUGUACUUUCUGGGGGAAGAAGCCUUGGAGCAGAAAGAAAAAGAUUCUGUGGCAACUGGGGACACUAGUGGGUGCCCCCGUUGGCAUCGCGCUCAUCGCAGGCAUAGCGAUCCCCGCCAUGAUUAUUGGCAUCCCUGUGUAUGUGGGAAGGAAGAUUCAUAACCGCUAUGAAGGUAAAGAUAUUUCCAACCACAAGAGGAACUUGGUGAUCGCUGGUGGUGUGACGCUGUCGGUCAUCGUGUCCCCAGUCGUGGCUGCCGUCACUGUCGGCAUCGGGGUUCCCAUCAUGCUUGCUUACGUCUACGGCGUGGUGCCCAUCUCUCUGUGCCGUAGCGGAGGUUGUGGUGUCUCAGCUGGGAAUGGGAAAGGAGUUCGCAUCGAGUUUGACGAUGAGAAUGACAUGAACAUCGGCAGCGGGGCAGCUGCCACCGAUACAACGUCAGUGGCAGACACCAGGAACAACCCCAGUAUAGGCGAGGGCAGCGUCGGGGGGCUGACGGGAAGCCUCAGUGCCAGCGGCAGCCACAUGGACCGACUGGGGGCCAUCAGGGACAACCUGAGCGAGACGGCGUCCACCAUGGCCCUCGCUGGAGCCAGCAUCACCGGCAGCCUGUCUGGAAGCGCCAUGGUCAAUUACCUGAACAGGCUGGAGGUGCAGGCUGAUGUGCAGAAGGAACGCUGCAGUCUGAGCGGUGAGUCUGGAACUGUCAGCCUGGGUACAAUCAGCGACAACGCUAGCACCAAAGCAAUGGCUGGUUCCAUUCUUAACGCCUACAUGCCCCUCGACAGAGAUGGGAAUAGUAUGGAGGUCCAAGUUGACAUUGAAUCCAAACCUGGAAAACUGCGGCACCACAGUGGCAGCAGUAGUGUAGACGACGGCAGCCACGUUGGCCGCUGUGGAUGGACCUGCCCGUCAAACGGCUGCACAUCCUCUGAAGGUAAAGGAACCUCCACCAAAUGGGCCAAAGAGGCCUCCUGCUCCUCCUCCUCCAGCUCAGGCGGCAAAAAAAGCAAAGGCAAGCUGCGCAAGAAGGGCGGCGGAGGAACCAAGAUCAAUGAGACGCGGGAGGAUAUGGACGCUCAGCUGCUGGAGCAGCGCAGCACCAACUCGUCGGAGUUCGACUCGCCCUCGCUGAGCGGCAGCCUCCCCUCGGUCGCCGACUCCCACUCCAGCCACUUCUCCGAGUUCAGCUGCUCCGACCUGGAAAGCAUGAAGACGUCCUGUAGCCACGGCUCCGGCGGCGGCGGCGACUACCACACGCGCUUCGCCACUGUCAGCCCUUUACCCGAGGUGGAGAACGACCGCCUGGAGACGUGCCCCGCCUCCUCAUCCUCCGCCCAGGGACAGGGAGCCUUCAUCACCCCCCACUCCCCCACGUCCACCACCUCGUCCCUGGGCCACGGCGCCGAGCUCUCCCCUCUCUGCUUUAUCACAGAGGAGAAUGUCAACCUGGUGUGUCCUGCUGAGCUGGACUCGCACAGCAACACCGGAGAGCUGCUAAAAGAAACCAACAACAACCACCACCAACCACAGCAUCCACCCCAAACCCAGCAGCAGCCCAGGAACUCCUGCAUACAGACCGACAUAUGAAAUCUCAAUACCUUAAGUGCUGCACAGACACUAUGUUUCUAUUACACAUCUUUUUCUCCACUAAUCUAAUCAGCUUACAGUUUAACCCGCAUUUUCUGUUAUUCUCUUAAAGGGGAAUGCAUUAUUUUGGAGUUUAUGUUCUUCAUAAAAAGCAACCUCUGAGUUAAAAAAACAGAUCUGUGUGUCCUCUAACUGUUAGGACGGGUUGUUUUAAAGUAUUAAAGGUUUAAAAAAAA